AUGAGUAGCAGUUGUCAGUCGCGAACAGUUGUUCCACGUAAUUUUAAACUAUUGGAAGAACUUGAAGCGGCUCAGAAAGGCCACCACGAAGGUUCGGUAUCAUGGGGUCUUGAAGCGAACGAUGAUAUGUCUCUUUCCCGGUGGGUAUGUAUGAUUAUUGGACCAUCACGAACACCUUUUGAAGGCCGGAUCUAUACUUUAAAAGUGUACUGUGGUGAUCGUUAUCCAGAAGAACCACCGGUAGUUCGUUUUCAGACACGCAUCAAUCUCACUGGUGUUUCAGCGAAUGGUUCAGUUGAUGCAAAACACAUAUCUACACUUCGAAACUGGAAUCGAGAUUUGUCGAUUCAUCAAGUCUUGAAUGAAAUUCGAUCAAGCAUGUCAUCGAAAGAGAAUGUCAAAUUGCCACAACCACCUGAAGGCGCGCUUUAUCCAUCUCAGUAA